GACAAAUAGUCCGCAGCGGAGGGAUCUCAGCGAGGAGGCGGGGAGGGGGGAAGGAAGACUAUAUAAGGGCCGCCCGUGCGUUAUGUGACGCAGUUAGUUCAGCUAGAUAUCUAGUGGUUGUUUGUGUGCUGUCUGUUUGGAGCAUCGCCGCUGCGAGAAAAUGCAGAUCUUUGUGAAAACCUUGACAGGCAAGACCAUCACCCUAGAAGUAGAGCCCAGUGACACCAUUGAGAAUGUCAAGGCCAAAAUCCAGGACAAAGAAGGCAUUCCUCCAGAUCAGCAGAGGUUGAUCUUUGCUGGGAAGCAGCUGGAAGACGGGCGCACCCUGUCAGACUACAACAUCCAGAAAGAAUCCACUCUGCACCUGGUCCUGCGCCUCCGGGGUGGUAUGCAGAUCUUUGUGAAAACCUUGACAGGCAAGACCAUCACCCUAGAAGUAGAGCCCAGUGACACCAUUGAGAAUGUCAAGGCCAAAAUCCAGGACAAAGAAGGCAUUCCUCCAGAUCAGCAGAGGUUGAUCUUUGCUGGGAAGCAGCUGGAAGACGGGCGCACCCUGUCAGACUACAACAUCCAGAAAGAAUCCACUCUGCACCUGGUCCUGCGCCUCCGGGGUGGUAUGCAGAUCUUUGUGAAAACCUUGACAGGCAAGACCAUCACCCUAGAAGUAGAGCCCAGUGACACCAUUGAGAAUGUCAAGGCCAAAAUCCAGGACAAAGAAGGCAUUCCUCCAGAUCAGCAGAGGUUGAUCUUUGCUGGGAAGCAGCUGGAAGACGGGCGCACCCUGUCAGACUACAACAUCCAGAAAGAAUCCACUCUGCACCUGGUCCUGCGCCUCCGGGGUGGUAUGCAGAUCUUUGUGAAAACCUUGACAGGCAAGACCAUCACCCUAGAAGUAGAGCCCAGUGACACCAUUGAGAAUGUCAAGGCCAAAAUCCAGGACAAAGAAGGCAUUCCUCCAGAUCAGCAGAGGUUGAUCUUUGCUGGGAAGCAGCUGGAAGACGGGCGCACCCUGUCAGACUACAACAUCCAGAAAGAAUCCACUCUGCACCUGGUCCUGCGCCUCCGGGGUGGUAUGCAGAUCUUUGUGAAAACCUUGACAGGCAAGACCAUCACCCUAGAAGUAGAGCCCAGUGACACCAUUGAGAAUGUCAAGGCCAAAAUCCAGGACAAAGAAGGCAUUCCUCCAGAUCAGCAGAGGUUGAUCUUUGCUGGGAAGCAGCUGGAAGACGGGCGCACCCUGUCAGACUACAACAUCCAGAAAGAAUCCACUCUGCACCUGGUCCUGCGCCUCCGGGGUGGUAUGCAGAUCUUUGUGAAAACCUUGACAGGCAAGACCAUCACCCUAGAAGUAGAGCCCAGUGACACCAUUGAGAAUGUCAAGGCCAAAAUCCAGGACAAAGAAGGCAUUCCUCCAGAUCAGCAGAGGUUGAUCUUUGCUGGGAAGCAGCUGGAAGACGGGCGCACCCUGUCAGACUACAACAUCCAGAAAGAAUCCACUCUGCACCUGGUCCUGCGCCUCCGGGGUGGUAUGCAGAUCUUUGUGAAAACCUUGACAGGCAAGACCAUCACCCUAGAAGUAGAGCCCAGUGACACCAUUGAGAAUGUCAAGGCCAAAAUCCAGGACAAAGAAGGCAUUCCUCCAGAUCAGCAGAGGUUGAUCUUUGCUGGGAAGCAGCUGGAAGACGGGCGCACCCUGUCAGACUACAACAUCCAGAAAGAAUCCACUCUGCACUUGGUCCUACGCCUCCGGGGUGGUAACUGAACUUGCUCCUACCAGCAUCUGAAUAAAAUUUCAUUUCACCUUGUUCCAAUAAAAUUGUUGCAUUCACAA